AUGAACAGGAUUCGGAUCCACGUCUUGCCGACCAAUCGAGGGAGGAUCACCCCAGUUCCCAGGUCUCAGGAGUCCCUCUCUUGUUCCUUCACUCACCGCCCAUGCUCGCAGCCUCGCCUGGAGGGCCAGGAGUUCUGCAUUAAGCAUAUCCUUGAAGACAAGAAUGCACCUUUCAAACAAUGUAGUUACAUAUCUACGAAGAAUGGAAAAAGAUGCCCCAGUGCCGCCCCAAAGCCUGAGAAGAAAGAUGGGGUGUCCUUCUGUGCUGAACAUGCCCGUAGGAAUGCACUGGCUCUGCAUGCUCAAAUGAAGAAGACCACUCCAGGGCCGAUGGGAGAAACACUCUUGUGCCAGCUGAGCUCAUAUGCUAAGUCAGAGCUGGGGUCUCAGACUCCAGAAAGUAGUCGCAGUGAAGCCAGCCGAAUUCUGGAUGAAGACAGCUGGAGUGAUGGGGAGCAGGAACCCAUUACUGUGGAUCAGACAUGGAGAGGUGACCCUGACAGUGAAGCUGAUAGCAUAGACAGUGAUCAAGAAGAUCCCUUGAAACAUGCUGGUGUCUACACAGCCGAAGAAGUGGCCCUGAUUAUGCGUGAGAAACUAAUUCGUUUGCAGUCUUUGUACAUUGAUCAGUUUAAACGACUUCAGCAUCUGCUCAAAGAGAAGAAGCGACGUUACUUACAUAAUCGGAAAGUGGAACAUGAAGCUCUAGGCAAUAGUCUCCUGACUGGCCCAGAGGGACUGAUGGCCAAAGAACGAGAUAACUUAAAGCGUCUAAAAUGUCUUCGGAGGUAUCGUCAGCGCUAUGGAGUAGAAGCCCUACUACAUAGGCAGCUGAAGGAACGUAGAAUGCUGGCCACAGAUGGUGCUGCCCAACAGGCCCAUACCACUCGUUCCAGUCAGAGGUGCUUGGCCUUUGUGGAUGAUGUUCGUUGUUCUAAUCAGUCUCUUCCAAUGACCAGACACUGCAUUACUCAUAUUUGUCAGGACACGAAUCAGGUUCUCUUCAAAUGCUGCCAGGGGUCUGAAGAGGUACCCUGCAACAAACCAGUUCCUGUAAGCCUCUCUGAAGAUCCCUGCUGCCCACUGCAUUUCCAGUUGCCUCCUCAGAUGUAUAAGCCCGAGCAGGUACUGUCUGUGCCAGACGAUCUGGAAGCCGGCCCCAUGGAUCUGUACUUGAGUGCUGCUGAGCUUCAGCCCACUGAGAGUUUACCUCUGGAGUUCAGUGAUGACUUGGAUGUUGUGGGUGAUGGUAUGCAGUGUCCUCCUUCACCCUUGCUUUUUGAUCCUUCACUAACCCUUGAAGAUCAUUCAGUCAAAGACAAUACUGAAGGCCCAGUGGAUACUUUGGGCCAGAUGCAGAUGGCUGGAGAUGGGUGCAGAUCGCAGACGUCUCGAAACUCAGAAAAAGCCUCUGCACCAUUGCUCCAGAGUGGAGUGGCUACUGCAAAUGGGAAGCCAGAACACAGUUCUAUCAGUUGA